ACUAGGUAGGUGGAGCCCUGCGAUUCAUUCGUUGGUGUUCUCCUCCUCCGUUUAGCGAAGCUGGAGCAGUUUCUUCUUAUGAAGUGAUAACGCUAAACCGUCUCCCGUGAAGUGUGCAGGGCACAUUACAAGUUGAAGCAAACAUGACAGAGAGCUGUGCAACCAAAACCGCGCAGAGGGACGGAAGGAUUGUGAUCGAAGAUGACUGGCCUGGCUACAGCUUGGACCUCUUUACUUACCCAGAGCACUACUGUGGGGAUUUAGAAAGCGUCUACAUCCCCCAUGGCGUCAUAAUGGACAGGACAGAGCGGUUGGCCAGGAACAUAAUGGAUGAUAUCGGGGACCACGACAUUGUGGUGCUGUGCGUGCUGAAGGGCGGGUACAAGUUCUGUGCUGACCUGGUGGAGUUCAUCAAGGCUUUGAGCCGCAACUCCAACAAAUCUCUGCUCAUGAGGGUCGACUUCAUCCGGCUCAAGAGCUACUUAAAUGACCAUUCCACUGAAGACAUGCACAUCCUGGGUGGGGAGGAUCUCUCUGUCCUCAGUGGGAAGAACGUUUUGAUUGUUGAGGCUAUAGUGGACACCGGAAAGACCAUGAAUGCACUUCUUAAGUACGUUGAGGCCUUCCAGCCGAAGAUGGUGAGAGUAGCCGGUUUGCUGGUGAAGAGGGUGGCCAAUGGAGUGGGAAGACUUCCUGACUAUGUGGGAUUUGAAAUCCCAAAUCUCUUUGUCGUUGGUUACGCCUUGGACUACAAUGAAUAUUUCCGAGACCUCAAUCAUAUAUGUGUAAUCAGUGAACAAGGGAAGAUGAAGUACAAGGUUUGAGGAGCACAAACAGCAGCGUCUUAUGGACUUACCACUGAAACUCGGUGAAAAGGAAGUACAUAAUCACAUUUGUUCCAUUUGUGUUCCUCUGAGGAUUGGUUCAAACCAUUUUGCAGCCAUAUUAUAUACUCCAGACUAUAGCAGUGCUCCUGAUGUGCCUUUGAUAUUGCAAAAAAGUUAAAUAAUGUACAAAAUUCUGUUUUUUUUAAACUAGCUUUGCUAUUGUGAACUUUUUCCAUGCUGUAUACCGUGUGCUUGCUUGACAGUGAAAUUAAUUUAGAUAUGUGCCAUUUUAAAUAUGUUCCUGUUCUUCAGCUUAUUAGCGGUUUAUUGAGUUUAUCUUGUAUUUUAAAGCCUGUUGUAUGUUGUGAUGUCCAAUGGCUGGAUGAACUACUACCUAUGCAUUAUUCUAAAGCUGUGUGGCUCAAAUUUGUAUCUAAUAGUUGUAAUACAAAUAUAAUAUCUAAUUACAGGUUAAUAAGAUUCAUUCAAUUAAUUUACACUGAAUUCAUUGUAAAUAAAUGUAUGUCUGUCUUCUUACUGA